UGCGGCCCAACUUGAACUCUUUCUUGUGGAGACCGAAGCGUCGUCACUCUUUCGAAGCAAACAGAGGUGCGUCAGCUUAGAAGUCUGUGACCUUUCGCUCGAGGAGCUGUUCGUAUAUUUGUUCGCUUGUACUUCCACAGCUUCUUCUCGAAUAACCCAUCCCGUCGGCAUAGACACUCGACACUCGCUUGCCCGAACCAAGCCAGCUCUGGCUGCAAUACCGACGCAAUGCCUUUGAACUACACAGAUACCAAGGCCUAUAGGGCUGAUGAGAAAGUCCAACACAGCCAAUUGACAGAUCGCCAAAAACGCCAUAUCAUGAAGAACAGCCUGCCAGCGCCCGUCGAGAAUCGACAACCGACCUCCACGCUCAGCGCGAAGCCCGAGAGAAGGUCGCGGCUGGGCAUUCGCAAGUUCACGCUGCACCAGAUCCACGUCCUCAUUUUCGCCUGCAUGCACGGCCUGUUCUCUCUCUACAUCCGCAUCCGUCAGAUCAUCAACGUCGUGAGCUAUCAGCUCUCCUCGGUGCUCUACUACCACCACGCCACACCCCAAUACAUCCAGAAGGACGUCUCCCGGCUCAACAAGCUGCCGAAGCACUUGAGCGCCAUCUUGAAGUCGGACAACAGGCGGGCGGCGGUUGACCUGGACCGCCUGGUUGACGAGACGGCCGAGCUGGCGACGUGGUGCGCCUGUGCCGAGAUCCCUCAGCUGUCGGUGUACGAGAAGACUGGUCUGUUGAAGAAGCACAUGCCCAGGGUGUACGAGGCUGUCACCCAGAAACUUGCAUUCUACUAUGGCGGCGACCACCCGUCGCUGUCGGUGACGUCGCCUCACCGAGACUCGUACUCGUCGCCUUCGCUGGACAACAGCCUGGGUCAUCUGAAGCUGCACCUCAUCUCGGAGCAGGACGGCAGGGAAUCCGUCGUUGAUCUGACGCGGACGCUCGCCGAGAUGUCACAAAAGGGAAAGCUGUCGCCCAAGGAUAUCUCCAUGGAACUCAUCGACAAUGAGUUGUCAGAGGGUAUCAUGGCCGAGCCCGACCUGCUCAUUCUGUUCGGUCCCACCGUGCAGCUCUCGAGCUACCCCCCGUGGCAAAUCCGCUUGACAGAGAUCUUUUGCCUCAAGGACAACGAGACCUUUGGCUACCAAGUAUUCCUCAAGGCGCUGCGCAACUACGCCAGUGCGCAAAUGCGUCGCGGAAAAUAAGUACGGAUCGUCGCCAGGACAUGGAUGGAUUGGCUCUGCUUCUG